CGGACCGUCGGGAGCCCAGAGAACGAGAUCACCACAGUCAACUACCUGCUGGAUCAGAUCGAGCAGAUCCGGUCUGAGAGUGAAACCGGACCUCACUCCAUCACGGUGGACAUCCAGCGGCCCAGCGGCUGCUUCAGCAUCAGCUGCUACGACCGUGUGACCAACAUCGCCGUCAAACUCCAGCCAAAGACCAGCGCACAGCACUUCAUGCUCGCGAACUGCCACUUUGACUCUGUGGCCAACAGCCCCGGAGCCAUUGAUGAAGCCGUCGGCUGUUCAGUGAUGCUGGAGGUUUUACAUUCUCUAGUGAAUCUCUCCACGCCUCUCAAACACGGCGUCAUCUUCCUGUUCAACAGGGCCGAAGAGACCAUCCUGCAGGUCCGGAGAACCCGUGGCUGGUCCAGGCUUACGCCCGAGCCGCAGUACACCCGUUUGCCACAGUGGUUGGUCAGGAGAUUUUCCAGAGCAGACUCAUUCCUUCAGACACAGACUUCCGCAUCUUCAGGGACUUUGGGAAUAUUCCUGGAAUUGAUCUUGCGUUCAUAGAGAAUGGUUUCAUCUAUCACACUAAAUAUGACACUCCGGGGCGAAUCCACACCGACUCCAUCCAAAGAGCAGGUGAGACGUAUGAUUCCUGAUCAGCCUCAUAUGAAGACAUUAGGAAAUAAAACAUCUGCUUCAGAGAGAAUGAAGUUCUCAGCUGCUGCUCUGUUCAAGAUGCUCGAGAUACUGAACGAGAGAAAAUCAGACCUGAGACGAGCUGCACUCUCAUUAUACAUACAGCGAGAGUGUGUUUGUGUGAGUGUGUGUGUGUGUUAUUGCUCAGAUAAGACGUCUCACACUCAGAGCUUUUACCUGAUCAGCAGUCAGACGAACCAAAUCCAAGAUGGACGCUGUUUUAAGAGGAUCUUUAUGCAUAGAAAUACGUCUUAGGGCUAGAUUUACUUUUACUAAGCAGGGCAAAUGAGCGUGAGAGCGCUAUAAUGCCAUAAAAGAGCAGAUGUGAGUGUAAAUGUCUGCAGGUGAUUUACUGACAAUGAGCACAUUAAAGAACACAGACACAGAUCAUCUCCAUAAUGACCAGCGUAUUCUACCAAGGGCAGGGCAAAUUAACAUCUGCUUUAAGACAUGCGUUAAAUAAUGGCACAAAUACCAGUUAACUGA